CUCUCUCGUCUGCUUCCAUCCCCCUCCUGUUUCUCCUCCUCUCUAUCCCCCCCUCAAUCCUGCGAAGGCCUCUCUCCCACCAUGGCCAGCCAAACUCCCGCCGAUGCCGCCGUCCCCGUCGAGCAGGCCACCCUUCCUGAUCGCACCCAGAACCCCGCCGACGCCGAUGCCGCUGCCCCUCAGGGAGAGUCCAAGAAUGCCGCGAAGAAGGCUGCAAAGCUAGCCAAGAUGGCUGCCGACAAGGCCGAGAAGGCUGCGAACAAGGCCGCCGGCAAGCAGGAGCCCAAGAAGCCCGCUGCCCCCAAGGCCCCCAAGAAGAAGAUCGAGGGUGCCGCUUUGAUCGGUAUCGAUGUCUCCAAGGAGGAGGAUUUCCCCGGCUGGUACCAGCAGGUUCUCACCAAGGGUGACAUGCUGGACUACUACGACGUCUCGGGAUGUUUCAUUCUCAAGCCCGCCUCGUACUCCAUCUGGGAGGAGAUCCAGCAGUGGUUCAACGGAUACAUCAAGAAGAUGGGCGUCAAGAACUGCUCCUUCCCUCUUUUCGUGUCGGAGGAUGUUCUGCAGCGGGAGAAGGACCACAUUGAGGGUUUCGCCGCCGAAGUCGCUUGGGUCACGCACGCCGGUUCCACCCCUCUGGAGAAGAAGAUCGCCAUCCGUCCUACCUCGGAGACUGUCAUGUACCCCUACUACGCCAAGUGGAUCAGAAGUCACCGUGACUUGCCUCUCAAGCUCAACCAGUGGAACUCCGUCGUCCGUUGGGAGUUCAAGCACCCCCAGCCUUUCCUCAGAACCAGAGAGUUCCUGUGGCAGGAGGGCCACACCGCGCACCUGACCCAGGAUGCCGCCCACGAGGAAGUCCUGCAGAUCCUCGACCUCUACGCUCGUAUCUACGAGGAGCUCCUGGCUGUCCCCGUCGUCAAGGGUCAGAAGACCGAGAAGGAGAAGUUUGCCGGUGGUCUCUACACCACCACCGUUGAGGGCUACAUCCCUGCCACCGGUCGUGGUAUCCAGGGUGGUACCUCCCACGGUCUGGGCCAGAACUUCAGUAAGAUGUUCGGCAUCACCGUCGAGGACCCCUCCACCAAGGGCGAUGAGAAGAAGCCCCCUCUCCACGUCUGGCAGAACUCCUGGGGUCUGUCCACCCGUACUCUGGGUGUCAUGACCAUGAUCCACAGUGAUAACCGUGGUCUGGUCCUCCCCCCUCGUGUCGCGGAAACCCAGACCAUCAUCGUCCCUGUUGGUAUCACCGCCAAGACCUCCGACGAGGACCGCGCGAAGCUUUACGCCGAGAUCGACGGCCUCGUCGACACCCUCAAGGCCGCUGGCGUUCGCGCCGACAGCGACCUGAGAGACGGAUACUCUCCCGGCUGGAAGUUCAACGAGUGGGAGCUCCGUGGUAUCCCCCUGCGUCUCGAGUUCGGCCCCGGUGAGCUGGCGGGUGGCUUCGUCACCGCCGCUCGUCGUGACAUCCCCGGCAAGGAAGGCAAGGCCCCCAUCCAGAUCUCCGAGCUGGCGACUGCCGUGCCCGCCCUCCUGGAGACCAUCCAGGCCGAUCUCUUCAAGCGCGCGGACGACGAAUACCGCUCCCACCGCAAGAUCAUCACCAACUGGGACGAUUUCACCCCCGCCCUCAACGACAAGAACGUCUGCAUCAUCCCCUUCUGUCUGACCGAGGAGUGUGAGGACCAGAUCAAGGACAUGAGUGCCCGCAAGGCCGAGGAGGACUCCGGCGAGGCCCAGGAUUCCCGCGCCCCCAGCAUGGGUGCCAAGUCUCUCUGCAUCCCCUUCGACCAGCCCGAGGGCAUCAUCCCCGGCGAGACCAAGUGUACCAACCCCAAGUGUGACCGCUUCGCUGAGAAGUGGUGUAUGUUCGGACGCUCGUACUAAGCGCGAUGUUAUCAUGUUGGACCCGGAUACCCACCCACCCGGUUCCUUACUAUGACAUGACUGUUAUGACUUUUCUUUCCUGCCCAAUAACAAAGAAGUUACCACCGUCGGCGUUGUAUUCAUCCAUCCAUUCAUCCCAACGGGAGAACAAAAGAACGAGAGAAAGAAAGACGAAGAUAAAUCUACACAAGCUUCAUAAAAAGAAAUAAAAAACAACUUUAUACAAGAAAGAUAAAGAAAUCUGUUGUAGAUUGCAUGAGGAAUGAGAAUGAUGACGAUGCGAGUUGAGUUGAGAUAUCUUUUUCGGGUUUGCCUCCCUACCUACCUACCUACUUACCUACCUGUCUACCUACUUAUCUACUAUCCGAUGUAUGAAGUGCAUGCAGCUAGCGGG